AUGACAAGGGCGGACAGUAUGAUGAAGUUGGGGAGCCGUACCCACGACGAUGUGCAGCUAGCUUUGAAUCCGAACGCUACCACGGCCAUCGCUCAACAUAACUCUUCGACCUCUCUGCUCAAACUACCGCCAGAGAUCAAGAACAAAAUUUACGAGCUCCUUUGUGGUGGCCAGCUCCUUCAUCUCGACCAAUGCUGGAUUGGCGACACGCUCCAAUUCACACAUGAAAUUUGUCAAGCAGGGUUAUCAGAACAAGCUGCCGAUGAUCUGUUCAAUGCCGACACCACAGCUCAGUGGUUUGUGGGCGCUGUUGAAACUCGCCACAGUGGAUGCUUUACCAACUCAGAGCAUAUUGAAAAGAUUAGUACAAGCUUUCUCGCAACGUGCCGUCAAGUUUAUAACGAAGCACGGCACAUUCCGUACUCUACAAACACGUUCGGUUUCAGCAAAACAAGCAUUCUUGACCGGUUCAGCAACCAUCUGAAAAACUUAGGAUCUGGACAGCAUUUGGAGAUUCGCCGUGUAUAUCUUGAUAUCACAGCCCGCGCCUUCAACGAAGAGCGACUUUGGCAGGUGGCAAUCACACAGUAUCUAAUUCCACGCCUCCCAGCUGUGCAGCGAAUCUCUAUCAACUUGAAUCAGUGGUAUCACGCGGGGGUUAUCGGAUGUCGGACACCAGCAGAGUUCGAGGCUCGUCACCGUUCGGGAAAUUAUCUCAUGUCUGCUCUUCUAGAACUUCGGAAGCUACCGCUGAGCCGGGCAACUUUUGUGAUCAGUGACGCGGAGAUCCUUUGGGACCGGCGUGCGAAAAUGAGCGCUGACCUGAUACCCCAGUAUCGCUGGACACUUGCAGAGAAAAAGGUCUGGGCGCGCUAUAUUAAGGAUAUUAUCCUUCAAAAGGACAAUCAGCACGCUACACCCUCAACCACGGCGGUCGAAAAGGACACGGUAGCUGGAAAGAUGGUGCUUGGGUUAGAGUCUUCCGGCAAAGAGCAAGCCGAUUGA